AUGGAAAGGUACUCCUCUUCCGCUCCCUCCUCUCCUCCCUUCCCCCUUUCUCCCACCUACACCCUGAGCUUGGGUCGCUCAGUCCUAGCCGUCCGCGGUCCUGGUAGAUCCGGUGGAAAUAAGCGGGACAGGCGCCAGCCCCCUCCCCCAGCCUCUUUCCUGCGGCCUUUACACCUGCGUCCAGAGCUCUGUGCUCACCCUUGUGCCAGGUCCCCAGCGCCUCUCCUCACUGCUGGGAACACCCUGCUGCCCCCAUGCCCUGUACACACACUCAAGGAGUUUGGGUUAGGGGCUAGCGAAAGGGGACCGCGGGCUGGUGGCCGAGGAGAGGUGGCCUCGCUCCGGCCCGCAGAUGGCCAUCCAGCCGCGCCCCACGCUGACCAACUCGGGUUAAAUUCGACACCCCAGACGCCCCCGGUCUCCGCCAUGGCCCACUCUCCGGCUUCGCUCCUCAGCUCUGACUCCUGGCUCCUUCCGCAAGGCUGGGGCUGGGGGGCUGCGCCCCAGCUGCAGCCGCUGCCGUCGGAAGGAGACUGCAGCUGCUCUCCAGACUCCUCCUCGGACUCCUGGGGCCUCUCUCCCCCGGGACCCCAAACCCGCUUAGCUGGCCACACUUCCAAGGCGCCCAGCGCCAGGACAGGGACCGGCCGGCGAGCUGGCAGGGGCCGCCUGGGCAGCGGGCAGCGGCAGAGCGCCAGCGAGCGGGAGAAGUUGCGGAUGCGCAACCUGUCCCGGGCGCUUCAUGACCUGCGGCGCUACCUGCCACCGUCCGUGGUGCCCGCUGGCCAGAGCCUGACCAAGAUUGAGACCCUUCGCCUGGCUAUUCGCUACAUUGGCCACCUGUCGGCCCUGCUGGGACUCAGCGAGGAGAACCUGAGGUACCGGAGGAGCGAGCCUGCACCCCGGGGCCGCCCGCUCUGCCCCAAUGGACUGGGCUGCUGUUCCGAAUGGACCCAUGACCUCAGCCCGGCCUCCUCGGUCCCUGAGGCCGGUUCUCCCCAGCUCCCCGAUGGGUGGGAGUCCCCAUCUUCCUGCCCGGCGGUCCCACCCCAGCUCGACAGAUGUGGGGAGCAGAUCCUUGAUACUGAUACUCUGCUCCUAGAAGAGCAGGUGGCAAAUCUGGACUCGUCCUCGAUCUUUCCCGGAGACAUGUUAUCCUUGCUGGAGACCUGGGUGCCUCUCCUACCACAGGAGUGACCAGGCUCUUGAAAGAUGAGAGCUCGAGUGUGAAGUUCAGCCCCACAAUUGACGACGCUCAGCCCUUCACUGCCUUCUACAGCCGGGCGAAAGCCGUUGACCCACCUCCUCCAGCCCAAGUCAGCGUUCUUCAGAGAUCCAGAACCAGGGAGCUGGACUUUAGAGAAUUGAGAUCAAGGCUGGGGAUGGAGCGGGAAGGCAGGAGCAAGAUCCUGGUUAAAGACUCUAGGCUGCCUUUAAUUUGAGCUGAGCUCACUUACAUCUGGGUUUCAGUAUGCAGCUAAGGACUUUGGCUCCAGUCCCCCAACCGUUGGGAAGCCAGGUGCUACUGUCCAGGUGUGAUCUUGAAACACCGCCUGGGAAAACGACU